AUGAUCAAUACAAAGCCCAGAAAGGGAAGUAACACUUCUGAAAAGUUGAAUGUUCUUGUAGCUGUUCGAGUCAGGCCUAUGAAUGAGGAAGAAAAGGUGAAAAGUCAGUCUAUUGUCAAAGCAGACGGAUUAGGGAAAGUGGUAUCAUGUAAGUCGAAGCAGUUCGGUCCAUUCGACUAUGUUUAUCCACCUAAUAGCUCCCAGUUAAUGGUUUUUGAUAACAUUGUUGAGCCACAAGUGAAGAAAAUCUUGGCGGGUUUCAAUUGUACUGUAUUCGCUUAUGGUCAAACAGGAACAGGAAAGACCUACACUAUGGAAGGUGGUCAAGCAGAUUCCGACUCAGCUGAUGCUGAUGAACACACUGGAAUGACCCCAAGAGCUGUAGAAUUAAUAUUUUCUGAACUAGAAAACGCUGGCGUAGAAGAAUACUCGGUGAGAGUUUCUUACUUAGAGCUCUAUAACGAAGAAAUCUAUGAUCUCCUAUCAUCAGGCACUGAAGACAGAGAACGUUUACGUAUAUUUGAUGAUCCAUCGAAAAAGGGUGCCGUCAUUGUGUCCGGAGCUGAAGAAGUUCCAGUACGAUCAAGAAAGGAGGUCUAUGAUAUUCUGAAGAGAGGAGCAGAGAAACGUACGGUCGCUUCUACACUCAUGAACAUCGCAUCAAGUCGAUCUCAUUCCAUUUUCUCCAUAUCAGUAGUAAUAAGAGAAAAUACUGAAAGCGGAGAAGAGCUUGUUAAAACUGGUAAAUUAAAUCUUGUGGAUCUUGCUGGAUCCGAAAACAUAGGACGGUCUGGUGCUGAAGGCAAGCGAAUGAAAGAAGCUGGUAAUAUUAAUCAAUCUUUGUUGACUUUGGGAAGAGUUAUCACCGCUCUAACGUCUUCUGGUCCUCAUGUACCAUACAGAGAGUCGAAGCUCACUCGGCUACUACAAGAUUCACUCGGAGGUUCAACUAUAACAGCUAUUAUCGCCACCAUGUCACCCUCGGCCUCUAAUUAUGAGGAAUCCAUUUCCACUUUGGAGUAUGCGAUGAGAGCCAAGUCUAUCAAGAAUCAUCCCGAAUGCAACCAGAAAGUCUCGAGAAAAACACUACUCAAGGAGUAUAAUAACGAAAUCGAGAAACUCAGAAGAGACUUGCGUAUGGCUCGUGAGAAGAACGGUAUCUUCAUUAGUGAAGAGACAUACAAUGAUAUGGAGAAGGACAUCGCGAUCAAGAAUGAGUUGGCAGCCAAGAUGGAUAUGAUGGUUUCGAAGCUACAGAGAUUCAUCGAAGAUAUGGAGAUGAUGGAUGAUCAAUACAAAGCAGCUUAUCAGACAAAUAAGAGAUUGCAAUCCAAAUUGGAAACUCGUGUUCAAGAGUUGGAUUUAACAAAAAAAGAUCUCGCUAUGUGUCAGCAAAAGUUAAGCGCUCACCAAUUUGCUCUCGAUGAUUUCAGUGAAGUAGCUAAGAGUUGUUAUCAGCAAGCUAAACAGGCUUGUGAAGUGACUUCCAAGCAAAGAACUUUGAUCGAGGAGUUGUGGAAGAAAGACGAUGAGAUGGUUGAUCUGGCUGCUUCAAACAAGUCUUUGGUUAUGGACACCUUCAGAAAGUUAGGAUCAGUCAUCAACUCAGUUAGAGAUAGAGUAAACAUCUAUACUUCUGAUGUACAUAACGUUACUGAUAAUAAGCUGGUUGACAUAGAUUCAUUCCAUGUCUCAACUUCCGCAGAUCUUGAAGUCGUCACUGCCAUAUUACAAAAGCUCUCCGCUGAAGUUGAUGACUGUGUGAAGCAAGUGAGAGAAAAUUCUAAGGCCACCGAGGAAAGUAUCCAAGCCAUCAACACAGUAAAGAAUGAGGCCAUAAGCUCGAUUAUGGAAGGAAUCACGAAAUCUAUCAACGGUCAUGUUGAUCAGACUACUGAGUUAACCAACUCUUUCGAAGAUAUGUUCAAACGUAUCAAAUCCCUCACCGGAGAUCUUGUGCAGGAUACCAAAUCUGCUACUGCUGAGAACAGAGAGAAAGUAAGCAAGUUAUGUGAGGAACACUCGGUCAUAUUAGACUCCGUCGCUUCUGAAUCUGAGAAGUAUCAACAGUUGAUGCAAACUCUGUUGAAGUCCUUCUAUGAUCAAAGCUUGCAAGCGGUAGCACAAUAUAAGGAAGGACUCGAUAACUCAGCCAAGCAACUUCAAAGUCUGAACACACAAAUUGUUGACAGUUCAUCUAAUUUGGACGAGCUAAUAACAAAUGACGUGCAGGGUGCCGAAGAUAAUAUUUUGGAAGUUGUGUAUGAGAUGGAAGAGAACUCGAAACUUCUUUCUUCAAAUAUUUCGGAAACAAAAACCUCAAUAUGUACUGCCUUGGCAUCAGGAUCACAAACCGCAGUUGAUUGGGGAAGUCAAAUUGAAGUUGCAUAUGGAGCUUUCAAUGAAAACUUGGUUGGAAUUUCUGAGUCUUCAUCGACGAAUCAAAAAACGUUCAUUGAGACAGGGCAGUCUGCUGUUGUACGUGUCCAAACAACUAUUUCGGAUGAGACAGAGGAUACGUCAGCUUUCGUUAAAGAUUUAGCUUCCAAAGCUAAAACAGUUAAUAUCGAGCAAGAGAACGGCUUCAAGACUUUGGGUUCCUUCUGUGAUGAUUGUGAGAAUGAAUGGGCUUCUGAGGCCAAUGCAACAAGAAAGGAAAAGAAGCAUCAACAAAUGUUCGAAGUGAAAGACAUACGACAGGUUCCCAAGAAGAAGGAUGUGCUUAACGAGUAUGGAGCUGAUAAGUUCGACGAGAAGUCAUUGGUGCGAACACGUGAAAGUUUACUAGAGAUUAGAAACUUGUGUUCCCCUGAUACUCUAGCUUUGAAAAAGAAAUCAAGGUUUGAUGAUAUCGAAGAGGAAGAGAACUACGAUGUGAGUGUCUAA